AGAAAAGAAAGUUUUGUUAGAAAACCACAACUUUUUGGCAAAUAAUCCUUUAAAGGCGGCUAUUUUCCUGAUCAACGCGCUCAAGAUGUUAUUCAUGUCUAUAUCUCAUCAUUAGUUAGCCGAGUUCAACGGAUGCAUUGAUAAGUUCAACAUUUUUUUGACAUUUUUUUUGACACACCAGUACUCAAAAUUUGGUAUGGUAUUCAUUAUGCCUCUUAAAGUAAACUUUUUGGAAUCGGUUUUCAAUGCACGUAUAUCCUGACACAACAGGCGAGCUUUUUUCGCUGCGUAUAACUGAUAAUCACAUAGAAAAGGAAGACUGAUGAGUUUUUAUAAACUCUCUAUAUAUAACUUCUAAGCAAAUCAUUCAGCAUUAUUUUUCAAUCAAAUUAGUAAAAAGAAUGGAUUUAAUUUUCAAGCCGAUGAAAAAAGGUACACUUGUUUCGAAAUAUAUAAAUCAACUAUCACCUUCAUUUACUUCACAACUCAAACUUUCAAACUAUUCAUUCAUCAUGAAUCCAUUUUCAUCGUUCAACAACAAUAACUGUUCUUACUCCUUCUCCGCUCCAACCUCAUUGUCCGUCGAUUCUGGUUAUCAGAGUCCAAGUUAUUCGUAUCCCAAUUUAUCAUAUUCACCAUUAAAUCAUUCUCAAUCAUGUUUCUUUUCUAAUGACAACAAUAUGAUGUAUCCGAGCCCAAUCACAAAUUCAGGUAGGUGUUUGAUUUCUCUGCAUUGAAAAACAGACACAAAAAUAAUAAAUGCUGAUCAAUGCAUGUAGAGGAGCAUAUAUUAAGAACUACUGUUUUUCUCUUCAGUGUAUCCGUAUUCAUACAUGAAUCCAUUCAACCAAAAUUCGUACUUUAACCAAUCUCACCAGUCAUCAGUGCUAUCUCAGCCAGCCACCAGCACACCACAAUCAUUGUCACGUAAUCAACCAAAAAUGUGUGCGUCUAAUCUUACAUCAGUACAGACCUCUUCUCAACGACGAAACCAAAGACAAGAUCGAACAAGCUCAUCAUCCGUGAAGGAUCCACCAGCAUCAUCAAAUGUCGAUGAAUCCUCUAUUACUGUUCGACGAUUAUCAUCUAAUUUGAAAGGUCGAUUACCGGAUGAUGCGGUGGAUAUAUUAAAUGAUUGGUUCGAUUCUCAUGUUGAUCAUCCAUAUCCAACGAAAGAUGAAAAAUUAGAAUUAGCGGAACAAUGCGGUGUUUCAUUACAAAAGGUAUCAACUUGGUUCAACAAUCGUCGUACACGCACACGAAACACACGUCCAAAGCAAAUACAAGAUGAUUUAUUGAGACAAAUUGAACAUUUGAAAGGUGUUGUUGUGCUUCAACAACAGACACCUUAUUCACCAUUGUUUUGA